UGUCAGCUUCUCCAUGUGACGGAGAAAAAGCCAAUCGCGCACCUCCUCCGCACGAGAGCAACGAAGAUGGCGCAAGACAGUACGGUGCCCAGCGAUCUCUACCAGCAUGUGUACUCGUUUCUCGUGGAAAACAAGUUCGCCAAAGCCGCAAAAGAGUUUUUAAAGCAGGCUAAAGUGAAACCUCAAGACCAAAAUGAGGACAAUCUCUUGGACAUCUUCAAUUUUUGGGUGAAGUCCCCAGAAACCAAAAAGCGUAAAGCAGUCCCCAGCGGCCCUUCGGCGGUCAACGGCCCGUCAGCAAAGAAAGCCAAGAAAGCUGCUGAGAGCUCAAGUAGUGAGGACUCCAGCAGUGAAGAAGAAGCUGCACCUGCCAAGAAAGUCAAAGGACAAGCGAAAGCUCCUGCUCCAAAGAAGCCAGCAGCUGUAGCUGCUAAAAAGAGGAGCAGCUCUGAAGACUCCAGCGACUCGGAGGAUGAAGCUCAGGCUAAAACUGCAGCAAAGAAGCCUGCCGCUGUGAGACCUGCAGCCCCCGUCAGGAAGAAAGACCCCAGUUCCAGCAGCGAGGAGUCGGACUCGGACGAGGAGCCGGCCAAAGCUCCAGCUAAAGGAGCCAAGGCCAAGCCUGCGGCAGGGACCCCGAAACCGGCGUCCACUCCAGGGUCUGCAGCUCAGAAGAAACAGGACAGCAGCAGCAGCGAGGACAGCUCUAGUGAAUCAGAGGACGAGGGUCCAGUGAAGAGCGCAGUAAAAAAACCAGUCCUAUUGAAGACCGCUCCAGCUAAACCUGCAGAGUCCAGCAGUGAGGAGUCAUCCUCAGAUGAGGAAGAUGCUCCUCCUGCUAAGAAACCCAAGACUGGUCCAUUCAAUGCCGUCCCGCCUCCAGGAACACUGACGGCUCGUGCUCCAGUCAAAGCUCCUGCAGCUCCAGGGAAGACUGUGACUCCCAAAGCUGCUGCUCAGAAGGACUCGUCCAGUUCGGACAGCUCUGAUUCAAGUUCAGAGGAUGAAGCAAAGAAACCAGCUGCUAAAACUGCUGUGGUUAAAGCAGCCCUGGCUAAGAAAGCCCCUGCAAAGAUCGCUCCUGCUCAGAAAAAGGACUCUUCAAGCUCCGAAUCUUCAAGCUCAGAGGACGAAGCAGCAAAGCCUGCUGUCAAAAGCACACCUGCUAAAGCAGCAUCUGCUAAAUCUACACCCGCUAAGGAAGCAUCUGCUAAAUCUACACCCGCUAAAGCAGCAUCUGCUAAAUCUACACCCGCUAAAGUCUCCCCUGCUGCAGACAAGGCUUCAUCUUCUAGCUCUGAAGACUCAGACGAUGAGGAGGAGGCCAAGAAACCAGCAGCUAAAGCUGUCCCAGUUAAACCUGCGCCAGCCAAGAAAACAGCAUCUAAAGUCAAGCCUGCUGCAGAAGAAUCGUCAUCAUCGAGCUCCGAGUCUGAGGAAGACAAACCGGCCCCAAAACCAACCCCAGCCAAGGCUGCUCCUGCUAAAGCUGCUCCCCCAAAGACGACCCCUGCUAAGAAACACGAUUCCUCAAGUUCAGAUUCAGACAGCUCUGAAGAUGAAGCCCCAGUUAAACCAGCAGCCACGUCCAAGCCUUUGAGCGCUCCUAAACCUGCAGUCAAACCCGUCGAAUCCAGCUCGGACUCGGACAGCUCUUCAGAUGAUGAGAAACCUCAGAAGAAGGCCACCACCACACCGGUGUCCAAACCAGCAGCGGCUGCUGCUACCAAGAGCCCUGCUUCUGCCUCCAAACCACCUGCUCCAGCCAGUAAGACCACAGCGGAGACCAGCAGCAGCGAUUCGGACAGCUCCAGUGAAGACGAGAAGAAAGUGAAGACUACUGUGACCCCCAAAGCGUCAGCAGCUAAGCCGGCCGUGACUCCAGCUAGCGCCAAGAAAGCCGAGAGCAGUAGCUCUGCAUCUGACAGCUCAGACUCUGAGACCGAGGCUAAGAAGACUCCCGCCAAGCCUGCCGUCACCAAUGGAAAGACUGCUACUACAAAAACACCCACCUCAGCAGCGAAGACGCCGGCUAAGAAGACGGCAGAGUCUUCCUCCUCCAGUGACAGCAGCUCUGAUGAAGAGGAGUCUCCUAAAACCCCAGCUGUGAAGACCCCACCUGCUGCGAAGACCAAAGCUGAGGACUCUUCAUCUGAAGAAGAGGAGACGACCAAGACUCCUGUCACAACAAACGGAACAAAGAGCAAAAAAAAAGGCAAAGAGGAAGAGACGACAACACCCCAGAACAAAAUGACCACCUCCACACCUCACACUUUUCCCAGAACCAAACAGAAGGAAACCAAUGCUCCUUUUCGUAGAGUAAGAGACGAGGAAAUUGAGCUGGAUCCCCGUCUGGCAAACAAUUCCUUUGAUGCAAAGAUGGGAGCCAACGGUGACUGGGGCCAGAAAGCCAACAAUGUGCUUAAAUUUACCAAGGGCAAAUCUUUCCGGCAUGAGAAGACCAAGAAGAAGCGUGGCAGUUAUAGAGGAGGUGCGAUCUCCACCUCAGUGAACUCCAUUAAGUUUGACAGCGACUGAGAUUACAAACUAAAUGAACCUCUGAACUCUCCAUAUCCCUCUUUCCCACAAUAUCAGCUCUGAAAGGCACUGUUUUGAGCCGUCUGCUCUCUGUUGGGUAUUGAUUGAAGGCUCAGGAAUAUUUGGGGUUGUGUAUUUACACUCUUUCAUGCAGUUAGACACCACAUGGUGGCGCCGCGUCAUUGCGUUUAGGCCUUUCGAUUAGCUUCUCUGUAAAAAUGGUUUUGGCUUUACUGUAAAAUGUUUCUUAAAGUUUGCUUGACAAAUUAUAUACAGUUGUCCUAACAGGUAAUUGUUAAUAGAAAUUACAAUGAUUUUCUUGUCAAUGAAAUGUCAUUUAUGGUUGCGUUAACAUUUUAUGAGCCGGUGUAUCUUGAGCCUGGUGAUUUUGUCCUGUUUGAAGAAGUUGUGUAGUUAAUGACUCUUCUGUUUGACAGACACUGGAAGACCACCCUUACAAUAACACACGAAUCGUCCUCAUACGUUUAUAUAGUUUAGUUUUAAUAUUUUAUGGUUUCAUAUGUUACGCAGGAAUUUGUAAUUUGGUCUCCUUUAUGAUCAGUACUGUAAUUAAAACAUUGACUGAAACUCAA